ACCCUUUUUAAAACCCAUUUCCUUCCCCCUCCCCAAUACAUUCACAUUUCCCGACCAGCUCUAGUUCUGGACUGAUUUCAGAGGUUCUGAGCAUUCACACUGGGCGUGUGCAGCCCACAUGUAAACCAGGUCCAGACUUGCCUUUCAGCCUGUCAGCUCAUCUUACCACCUACUAGAAGUGGGAGAGAGAUAAUUAGAUCAUCCCCUCCCGAUAGAGCUAUGAGAAGACGAAGACAAGACAUGGUUCCCAUAAGGAUGGGCAUUUAACUGGGGAGUGGGAGGAAAAUCCCAGCGAGUGUGGGAGUGUCUGAGCUCAGGCCAGCAGCGCAGAGGAGACGCACAACUCACGUUCCGGCUUCCUUCACAAAGACAGAGAGCGCAGCAGGGUGCAGCUUCGCCGGAGUUAAAGACAGGCAGAGCCAGCCCUUCCUGCAGCGUGGACAAGAACCGGCACAGACCCCAGGAACCAGCUGGCACGUACCUCUGCUGCACACGGGAAACUUCCUUCACCAGAGAGGUGAGGCAAGCCCGUGGCUGCAGCUGUGCGCGGCUCCUGACAGCAGGGAAGGGAUCUCGGGGACUGAGCACAGUAGCUGCCCCCAGGCACGCACAGACAGAGAAAGCGAGCCAGAGCCGCCGCCUGACCCUACCCAGUAAAGCUCCCUCGCUGCCUGCCCGGACCCUGCCUGGGAAAUCAGAAGAGGAGGAACAGCAACAAGUGUGCUCCGGUCCUGUCCCGUCCCAGCCCUCUGCCCCCAGUCCAAGCCCCUGUGCGCCCCGGUCCCAUCCCAGCCUCUGUGCGCCCAGUCCCAGCCCCUGUGCACCCCGGUCCCAUCCCAGCUUCUGUGCGCCCAGUCCCAGCCCCUGUGCACCCUGGUUCCAUCCCAGCCUCUGUGCGCCUCUUCUCCUCUCCCGCUCCACCCUUUGCACCCCACUGCCCUGCCUGCCUGUAUUUGCGUGCGUUCCUGUCAAGUCUCAGGGCGCUUGUGCUCCUUACAGCACUGGGGAGCUGGAAAGUUUCCCGUCCCCAUCCAAGCCCUAUAGAAGGGAUUAUCUGAGCCAGAAGAACUUCCUCAUUUUGUUCUGAGAAAGAUGGGCCUGUACUGGCAGAUAGGAGAUCUCAGUAGCACUGUCCCGCACCAAGCCCACAAGACUUCAGCUGAGUCACCAAAAGAACCAGAAAGCAACACAUCAUAAACUCAACCAGGCUUGUGAACAAGAGUGAAAUACCAGGAUCCUGACAUCUCCCCGAUUUCUGCUCUGUGACCUUGAGCAAAAGAUGUGUGAAACAAAGAACUCAACAGUGGCUCACCCAAUCCCUCUAGGUCUGGCCCUGGGUAGCAUCUCACUGAUCACAGUCAUCAUGAAUAUUUUGGUCCUGUAUGCAGUGAAAAGAGAAAGAAAGCUGCAUACAGUUGGGAACCUUUACAUUGUCAGCCUAUCAGUCGCAGACCUUAUAGUUGGUGUAGCUGUUAUGCCGCUGAACAUUAUGUACCUACUGAAUCACGAAUGGGUACUGGGCAGACCAGCCUGUCAGUUCUGGCUCUCAAUGGAUUAUGUAGCCUCCACAGCCUCCAUCUUCAACCUUUUUAUAUUGUGCAUAGAUCGUUACCGUUCAGUUCAGCAGCCACUCAAGUAUCUCAAGUACCGGACCAAAAGCAGAGCUUUGGUAAUGAUUUCUGGAGCUUGGCUGAUUUCUCUUUUGUGGAUCAUCCCAAUUCUAGGCUGGCAUGCUUUUGCCAAUGGAGGGAAAUGGCAAGUGGAAGAAAAGACCUGUGAAACAGAGUUCUCCAAAGUCACCUGGUUUAAAGUGUUGACGGCCAUUGUCAACUUCUAUGUCCCAUCUUUACUGAUGUUAUGGUUCUAUGCAAAAAUAUACAGGGCUGUCCGGAAACACUAUCAGCACCGAGAGCUCAUCAAUGGAUCGUUUCGGUCUUUCUCAGAAAGCAAAUGUAUACAUCGUGAUAAGGUGCAGGAAAAGCAAAACAUUGGCCACAAAAAGCCAAAUAAAGAUAUAAACACGAGUCUUUUGAAAGGAAGCUCUGUAGAUCCUUGCUGCAAUGUAAAUCUCUACUUCCCUCAGUCCAAAAGUAUGGAGGCAAAGCUUGAAGUCAGCAGCUUUGACAAACCCCCAAAGGCUUUCAUUACAGAAGAUGACAGCAAGGUUGUAAAACUGAGUUGUUUUCCCCUUGCCAUUACCCAGAUUCAGCCAGGGCCAGAUAAAGUGGGAAUGAAGUAUGUGCCUGUCAAGAAGGGGCCUUGCUCACAGGCUCCAGAACUGACACAGAGUGACACGUCAGAUGAGCACACUUUCAUUGAGGGGGCCUCCUGUAAAAAUGACUCUGAUCUCACCCCGAUCCCAGCAACUUCUAGUGCUGAGGAAAAGACUAACAAAGACGCUGCAGGCCUCAGUUACCUGAAGAGCACCUGGCGGAGACUGCGCACCCAGUCCAUGCAAGGGGUGCAUGUGAACAGGGAGAGGAAAGCAGCCAAGCAGCUGGGUUUCAUAAUGGCAGCUUUUAUGCUGUGCUGGAUUCCCUAUUUUGUGCUGUUUAUGGUAAUAGCCUAUUGUCAAAGCUGUUGCAACUACAGUUUCCAUAUGUUCACUAUUUGGCUUGGUUAUGUGAACUCCACUUUAAAUCCAUUCAUCUAUCCCCUCUGUAACGAGAACUUCAAGAAGACAUUCAAAAAGAUCUUUCAUAUUCACUCAUAAUACCUCAUCAGGCUGUUUUUAUUUGGGGUGAAAAAAAAGUGAAUCCAUGAUUUUUCAAAGAAAGAAAAACUUUCCAGUUUCAAAGGAAAUUAUGAAUGAGGUAGAAGGCUUUAAAAAUUUAAUUCGUAGAACUAUCACGUGAAAAUACGUAUUUACAUGACAAAUAAGAGUUUUAAAGUUCAAAGUAUUUAAAGGGGAACUGGCUUUGACCAGGAUUCCUGAAAACUCAGGGCUCAGUCUCAGGACUGCUAUGCUAAUGUACAUAUUUUACAACUUUUAAGACUUCCUUUUUCCAUUAUGUAGAUCAUAACUGGAGAGAUAGACAGAAAUCUUCAGUGGUUAUGAGCUAAUUAGAUAUGGAAAGAAAAAAGACUUCAGUUUAUAUGUUCACUCUAAUGUUCAUGUUGUCUUCUGUAACUUACUUUUUUUUUAAAAGUUAACCUGGAGACAUGCUGCUUUUUAAAGGCAAGAUCUCCUACAAGAUAUGGUAUUUCAUGUAGUCAAAGUCUGACCUUGAACUGUUUGAAAAUGUACCCUAUUUAUUUAUAAAUUCCCCCAGAAUCAUGCACUUUUAGAGAUACCAAGUUGCAUUGUCACGUACUAUAGAAACUUUUGAUAUUGUGUUUGUGUUGAUUUCCAGCAGCAUUGUUCAUUUUAUUGGAAAAGAUAUCAAUAUUUUUUCUAUAUGCUAAAAUUUUACCAUAUUUAAAAAGACUUCUCAAACCCACCAUACUAUAGUCACCUUUGCUA